AUGUCGGACGACAUCGUCGUGAUGUUGUGGCCGGCGACGGCCGCCGCCGCCGCCAACGACACGGACUGCGCGCCACCGUCGGCCGCGCGGCUCAUCCCGGCCGACUACGACCGGCUGCAGGCGCCGUUCAGCGCUGGCCGGCCACUGACGGUGCACCUCUCCGUCUGGGUGUCGGCCGUCACCUCGGUCAACGAGCUGCAGCAGGAGUUCUCGGUGGCGCUGUACCUGCGGCUCAAGUGGCGCGACCACCGCGUCACGUUCCCGCGCUGCCGGCGCGAGGCGUUCGUGCUGAUCGAGGCGGCCGCGCUCGACAGACUCUGGCUGCCCGACAUCUACUUCGGCGGCGAGAAGCGCGCCGCGCGCCACGCGGUCGUGCGCCGCAACGCGGCGCUGCGGCUGAACCGCAUCGACUCCAGCCUCUACCUGUCCGAGCGACUGAGCCUCGCCAUCAUGUGCAGCUACGACUUCCAGCUGUUCCCGAUGGACUUGCAGGUGUGCAUGAUGAACAUGGAGCCGUACGCGCACGACAAGCAGUUCAUCGAUCUGAGCUUUGAGCAGCCCGGCAUCUACUUUAACAACUUCAAGUUCCGCAUCCCGCAGUUCCGACUGACACGGGUAGUGCCCGGCAACUGCAGCUACACGUACAUCUACCAGGGCACGACGUUGCGUCAGUCGUGCGUCCGGGCUGCCUUCUUCUUCGAGCGCACGUUCAACUACUACCUGCUGCAGAUCUACGUGCCCUCCGUACUGAUCGUCAUCAUCAGCUUCCUCGGCUUCUUCGUGCCGGUGAACCUGGUGCCGGGCAGGAUUGCACUCUCCAUCACCACGCUGCUGACGUUGGCCACCCAGUCGCAGGCACUGCAGAAGUCGCUGCCGCCCGUCUCCUACAUGAAAGCCAGCGACGUGUGGAUGUUCGCCUGCAUCCUGAGCGUGUUCGCCACGCUGCUCGAGUUCACGCUGUCGUACCGGCACUACGAGCGGCGCCAGCGCGCCGCCGCCCGCGUCGGUCCUGUGGAAUGCGCCACACGGCUGGGCAGCUCCGGCGGGCGACACCUCUGCAUGCGGCGCCGGUUCCUGCUGGCCGCCCGCUCGCCGCACUUCGUCGACAGCAUGGCCAAGGUCAUCUUCCCGGCCGCCUUCACGCUGUUCAACGUGGUGUACUGGCUUUACUUCCUAGACAUGCGCGAGCGCAGGCACCGGUACGACACGAGGCAUUACAUCGCCUGA